GCAGUUUGCUAAACCAACUGCCUGACAAUCUGUACCCCGAGGAGAUCCCCAGCGCGCUCAACCUCUUCUCUGGCAGCAGCGACUCGGUAGCCCAUUACAAUCAGAUGGCUACAGGGGGCCUGAUCGCCGGGCUGCGCACAAGGCGUGGUGUUGUCGCCUCCUUUCCCGGGAGGAGCCCAGCGUCUUUUUCACCCGCGCUCUCCUCCCUUACUCCCUCAGCCUCCCACCCGGGAUGGAGCCAUGUGCGGCGUGGAGUCCCCGCGGUGGGAGAGAGAAUGUGAUGGACAUCGGUCUGACCAACGAGAAGCCCAACCCGGAACUCUCUUACUCCGGCUCCUUCCAGCCAGCCCCCGGCAACAAGACCGUGACCUACUUGGGAAAGUUCGCCUUCGAUUCCCCUUCCAACUGGUGCCAGGACAACAUCAUUAGCCUCAUGAGCGCCGGCAUUUUGGGGGUGCCCCCGGCCUCAGGGGCGCUCAGUACGCAGACGUCCACAGCCAGCAUGGUGCAACCGCCUCAGGGCGACGUGGAGGCCAUGUAUCCGGCGCUGCCCCCCUAUUCCAAUUGCAGCGAUCUCUACUCGGAGCCCGUGUCUUUCCACGACCCCCAGGGCAACCCCGGGCUCGCCUACUCCCCCCAGGAUUACCAAUCGGCCAAGCCGGCCUUGGACAGCAACCUCUUCCCCAUGAUUCCUGACUACAAUCUGUACCAUCACCCUAACGACAUGGGUUCCAUUCCGGAGCACAAGCCCUUCCAGGGCAUGGACCCUAUCCGGGUCAACCCACCCCCUAUUACCCCACUGGAAACCAUCAAGGCGUUCAAAGACAAACAGAUUCACCCGGGUUUUGGCACCCUGCCCCAGCCGCCGCUCACGCUCAAACCCAUCCGGCCCCGCAAGUACCCCAACCGGCCCAGCAAGACCCCGCUCCACGAGCGGCCCCAUGCGUGCCCAGCGGAGGGCUGCGACCGCCGUUUCAGCCGCUCGGACGAGCUGACCCGGCACCUGCGCAUUCACACGGGCCACAAGCCCUUCCAGUGCCGGAUCUGCAUGCGGAGCUUCAGCCGCAGCGACCACCUCACCACUCAUAUCCGCACGCAUACGGGCGAGAAGCCCUUUGCCUGCGAAUUCUGCGGGCGCAAGUUUGCGCGCAGUGAUGAGCGCAAGCGCCAUGCCAAGAUCCACCUCAAGCAAAAGGAGAAGAAGGCAGAGAAGGGGGGUGCGCCCUCUGCGUCCUCGGCGCCCCCCGUAUCCCUGGCCCCCGUGGUCACCACCUGCGCCUGAGGCUCGGGUCCCCAGAUCCCCACUUUUACCCUUCACUGCCUGCCGGCUGCUCGCCUGAAAGCAGCUGGAAAGCUAGCCACGGAGGCGCAGGGGCCGCGCCCUGGCCUCUCCAUGGACGUACGGCCCCUUGCUCCCCUUGGAUGCCCCCCGUUCCAUACCCUUUCACACUGGCCAACGGUCGGGGGCCAGGGCAGGAGGCGCCUUCCCCUCAUUGCCCCUUUUAGCCAAGAUGUGGGGGCGGAAAGGUGGCGUCUAGCCCGCUUUGUUCAGUUCGGAUCGCCUUGAUCCAGGGGCCGCUGGGCCGCGCCAAGGACCUGCGGGGAACUGAGGGCGGGACCAGCCCAAGCCUCUCUGGACCCAAGCACCUCACUGUUCCCCUCAAGUCUCCCUCCGUUUCCCCUCGAGGACCUGAAGGGGGGAGGGGUAAGGAGCGCACCAAAGCGCAGAGCUUGCUGCCUGCCGCACGCACGCGCGCCUGCGUGCGGGGUUGCGCGCAAGUGUGUGCGUGCUCGUGUGUGUGUGUGUGUGUGUGUGUAUGUGUGUGCGCGCGCGCGUUUGUGUGUGAGACUCUUGAGCUGAACUGGGCUGCGUCCACCCCAAACUCUUCCCCACAUCGGGGCCGCAAGCCGCUGGGGGAUGCCUCAGGCUGGGGCCCUGCACGUGGCGGGACGAGAUGGUCUGCCAUCUGCUCGGAAAUGUUUCUUACAGAAAUGCCUCGGAUGCUGCCGCCGUGGUGCUGCUGCUGCCGCUCUGGUUUGACCCCCAGAACCCUUCUCUUUUCCGAGCGCUUCCCUCUUAGGCCUCAGGGCAGUUUGUCUCAUCUGCGGGGAGAAGGAGCAGCCAUCACUGAGCCUGCCUUUUUUUAAAAAAUAUGUUUCCUCAGCCCCUCUUCUAAAAAUCUAUGUUCCCCAGUUUGCCUUCCGCCCUGCCCUCCCCUUCUACUCCCCUCUAAGCCUUCUCUCCAUGUCUUUUAAAAUCUUUUCCCAGAAAGGCAGGCCUCGAACAGCCACCCCAUUUCACCGUCGUCUUCUUAGCUUUCUCUCUUUCAUGUACCCAUUUCUCCUUCCCACCAUUGAUAGGAAAGCUUUCUCUGUUUUUGCCCUUUGUCAUCACCGACCCAACAGAUAGAAUUUAAAUAUACAUUUAUGGCGUGUAUGUAUGUAUAUGUAUGUAUGUGUGUGUAUAUAUAUAUAUAUAUAUAUAUACACAUGUAUAUGUAAAACACACACUAUGUAUUCCUAGCAAAGAAAAAAAAAAUCUAAGGUACAUGGGUAUCCAGUGCAGUGCACCCAAAUAAAGAGAAUCUGUAGGUGUAUGCAGUUUUAAAUGAUUUGUUUUUUAAGAAAAUUUUAAAUUGAUGAAAUGUGUGUGUGUGUGUAUAUAUAUAUAUAUACAUAUAUAUGCAUCUUUCCAAAUUUUCCUCAAAGGUAUGGGGAUUUUGCAUUAAUCCAUGUUGCUGAAUGAGGCAUAUCUUUUCCAUAUCCCAGUUUCACCUUCUCCCUGCCCUACCUCACCUCUUCUCAGGCUCCCCCUGCCCCCCAGCUGUUCUGUCCAGGCCUUCUCUACACAGGGGUGGCUCUUUUUAAGUGGAGUAGUGGGGAAGGUCACUCUUGGACACCGCUUCCAGCACAGUCUUGACUGAAUGUACUGUUCCCUAUUUAGCGUGAUUUCUCCUGGGGUCAGGAAGCUGCCCAGAGAGAAGGAACAAAGGUCUGGAGUUUACAGAAUGUCUGUUUUUAAAGUCACUUUAUGCGUUUCCCACUUUUUUUUUUUUUAAAGGAAAAAAGCACCGUGGGUUUGUUUUGUUUUUUGGUGGUGGAUAAAUAAUACUAAAAGGACUCUAGUGAAAGGGGGAAAAAUCAAAGAGCAGGGUUUGUGAAUUUCCAGGUACUUGGACUUGAAAAGGAGAGAGAAGGAGAUGAAGUUUGGCAGGAGGGCCCAUAUUUUUUCAGCUGAACGGUAAUAUCUUUCUUUGCAGAGACAGUAUUUUGCUGAAUACUUUUUAUAAUGUGAUGAUUAUUACAAACAAAAAUUUUGAUCACUUCAAAGCUGGAAGGAGGAAUCAGAUAUCCUUUAAUAUUUUUUCCUUGCUCCUUCUGGUAUAUGCAUGUCACUGCAUGAUAGCUCUGAGUUUUCCUUUGUUUUAAUAAAACUGUUCUCAGACAUUUAAACUAAACUAAGAGAAAAAUAACUUUGUUGCCAAAAGGUUGUGCUAUCCAGAUUUUUUAUGUCUGCAUGUUUUAAAAACAACAAAAGAAAAAUGCACUCUAACUUAUGUGAACUGAGAGAAAAAAAAUCAGGUUUUAAACAGGAAAACCUUUGGGGAAUGAUAUUUUUUGAAAGACUUUUGUAUAAAGUUGAGUACUUAGAAAAAGACAAACCAGAUGUAAUAUAUUUUGUGGAUGUUUUUAUUUCUUGGAUUUAUAGUACCUUAUACUAAGGUUAAAAAAUAUGCUUGAUAUUGUGAAAAGGUGAAAUUCUUCACCAACAUUUCAUUUGCUCCUUUGUCACAUUGUUAUGCCAAUAUAAUAUAGUUAAUGAAAAAAGCAUUUUUAAAAACCGAAAAUAUUGAAAUGGUGUAAUGUUGUACCAUUUGCACUGUGAGCAAAUGCUAAUACAGUAAAUAUAUUGUGUUUGCUGACAAUCAGCCGGUCUAUAAAUCUCCUUAUUUUAUUUCUUGUUUUCCUAGCAUAAAGUUUUGGUUUGGCCUGUU